GGCGUUGCUGCGCGGCCAAUGGGGAGGGCUCACUUGAAGAGCCGGCGGUUGUUAUUACUGUGACGGGCGCCGCUUCCGCGGCGCGAGGAGCACCGGCUGUCGCUCAGGUUACUUACAGACAGCUGUAGAAGAACUGUAAUUGUGAUGCUUUAUGUUUGAACAAUGGCAGUGAACGACAGCGUUAAUAUCUUGAACUCAGCUUAUCUGGCGGUGGAAUAUAUAGACUCUUUCUUGCCUGACAAUCCCUUGCAGCAACCAUUUAAAAAUGCCUGGAAUUACAUGCUGGAUAACUACACAAAGUUCCAGAUUGCGACUUGGGGAUCACUUAUAGUUCAUGAAGUUUCAUACUUCUUGCUGUGUGUACCUGGAUUUGUCUUUCAGUUUAUACCGUGCAUGCAAAAGUAUAAAAUUCAGCCGGAUAAACCAGAAACAUGGGAAAAACAGUGGAAGUGUUUGAAAACGCUCCUCUUCAAUCACUUUUUCAUUCAGCUUCCUCUGAUUUGUGGCACCUAUUACUUUACAGAGUAUUUUAACAUCCCAUAUGAUUGGGAACAGAUGCCUAGAUGGUAUGUCCUAGUUGCCCAGUGUUUUGGAUGUGCAGUGAUUGAGGAUGCCUGGCACUAUUUCCUGCAUAGAUUGCUGCAUCACAAGAGGAUAUACAAGUAUAUCCAUAAGGUUCACCAUGAGUUUGUCUCUCCAUUUGGAAUGCAAGCAGAAUAUGCACAUCCUCUGGAAACACUUAUCCUCGGAACUGGCUUUUUUAUUGGAAUAGUUGUUUUCUGUAACCAUGUGAUUCUUCUGUGGGCAUGGGUGAUAUGUCGCUUGAUGGAAACCAUUGACGUACACAGUGGCUACGAUGUUCCACUGAACCCUCUUCAUUUGGUGCCUUUCUAUGCUGGGGCCCGUUUUCAUGAUUUCCAUCACAUGAACUUUAUCGGCAAUUAUGCUUCAACCUUCACAUGGUGGGACAAAAUCUUUGGUACAGACUCUCAGUUCAUUGCCUAUAAAGAAAAAGAGAAGAAGCAACAACUCAUAACGAAGAAGAAGGCUAACUAAAUUUCCAGUGUAAAAAAUUCUGAUGCUAAUACUGGUAGUCAACUUUUGCUUUUCUAUAAAGCAAAAAUAGUGAUCGGGUGUUAAGCAUAAAUCUUGUUCCUUGGCUACUAAGUGGUAGGGAAAAAUAGCUAAUUAGCACUGCAGUAUCUUCCUAAUGGGAAUGCUUUCUAUUUUAUAUGUAAGUACUGCAUAUAUUUUAACUACAGAUUUAAAGAUGAUGCAAAAAAACUGAGAUGACUUGUGUCUAUCCUUUUUUUUUUUUUUUUGGGGGGGGUGGGGUGGGUGGGUGGAGGGGAGUGAACUUCAGUUUUAUCUUUAAUAUUGCCCACUUUGGAUCCAGGUGGAAUUAUGUAUGUGCACUGAAAUUGGACUUAGUUUUUUUAAAUAUAUAUACUUAAAUUUGUAAUAUCAAAUAGCAGAACAUAUUAACUGGUAUCAGCACUGUAUUGUUUAAAUAUUGGGUAAAAGUUGCUUAAAAUCAAAACAACUGUUAAUGGGAAGCUUGGACAGGCCAUUUGCACACUGGAUAAUGCAAACUGUUAAUAACAGAAUGCUUGGCUAAACAUGAGUUAGCAGAGACAUUCCUGAUCUAGAUUUACUAUGUUACUUUAGAACAGAGGUAAAAAGAAUAGAAGUUUUUGUUUGAAGAAACUGGUUUUUUGCUGCUGUUUUGAAGUUUGUCUGUCAGUGUACUUAGCAUUUCUAUUACAUUCUUCUCUGUAUGUUGUAAUUUGCUGAACUGACUUGUUGCUAUAUUUGCACUUGUGACUGAUGAAAUAAAUACGGUUUGGUUUGAUGCA